AUGGCAGACACGACCAAGAUACCUCUCCCAGUGGGAGCCGGCUAUGGCGUCGUCGUUGGCAUCGGCUUCUUCUUCGCUUUUCUCAUGAUGGGAAUCUCGUGGCUCCAAAAUAGAUACACACGCUACUCAACACAAUCAUCCGAAGAGUUCAACACUGCGUCGCGCUCAGUCAAACCCGGUCUCAUCGCUUCUGGUAUCGUUUCUGCAUGGACCUGGGCUGCCACUCUGCUCCAAUCCUCUACCGUAGCAUACCAAUAUGGUGUCGCAGGGCCGUUCUGGUACGCUGCUGGGGCUACAGUUCAGAUUCUCAUGUUCUCGAUCCUGGCUUGCAAGGUCAAGCAGAAUGCGCCGAGAUGUCAUACAUACCUUGAAAUCGUAAAAGCGAGAUACGGGACGGUUGCACAUCUAGUGUUUAUGGUCUUCGCGUUUGUGACGAACAUUUUGGUGGGCAGCCAGCUCUUGUUGGGCGGAAGUGCAGUCGUCACUAGCUUGACGGGCAUGCCGGUGUAUGCUGCUGUAUUCUUGAUUCCAGUUGGUGUCUGUGCCUACGUUAUCCUCGGUGGUCUGCGAGCGACUUUUAUCUGCGACUACAGCCACACCUUGAUCCUUAUGAUCAUCAUCCUCUAUUUUAUGUUCAACGCAUACGCUAUAAGCCCUCUAAUCGGCUCACCCAGCGAGAUGUACGAGCUGCUCAAAAAAGCUGGGACCCAACGCCCAGUCAGUGGGAAUCAGGACGGCUCAUACGUCACUUUGAAGUCGAACUUUGGCUUAAUAUUCGGUGUCAUCCAAUUAUGCUCUGGAUCUGGAACCGUUUUCCUUGAUCAAGCCUACUGGCAGCGUGCGAUCGCCUCCAAACCUUCUACUGCCGUACGGGCGUAUCUCCUAGGAGGGAUUGCCUGGUUCGCUAUCCCAUUCGGCUUUUCGACAACGCUUGGUCUUGCAGCUGUGGCGCUCACCGAUAACCCACGCUUUCCCACUUACCCAGAGGUACCUACCUCUGGCCAAAUCUCAUCCGGUCUAGCGGCGGCCUUCGCUGCGGAGACAUUGAUGGGACAGGGAGGUGCUGUUGCACUGCUUGUGGUUCUCUUCAUGGCAGUCACGUCAUGCGCGUCUGCAGAACUCAUCGCCGUUUCUUCGUUGCUGACAUUCGACGUUUACAAGGAAUACGUUUCACCCAAAGCUUCACCAAAGCAGUUGGUCUUCGUUUCGCACAUUAUGAUAUGCGUUUUCGGAUUGAUCAUGUCUGUGUUCGCCUGCAUCUGGAAUGCGGCAUCGAUCGAUCUUGGAUGGCUUUUCCUCGUUAUGGGUUUGCUAAUCGGUGGCGCUGUGUUCCCGACCGCCUUCGCCAUAACAUGGCGGAAACAAAGCAAAGUUGCCGCUAUAUCUGGUUGUCUCUCUGGUCUUGCCGCAGGUCUCACUGCAUGGCUAGCGACUGCAAAGAGUUAUUACGGCGAGAUCACUGUAGAGACUACUGGCAUGUCAUAUCCAACGCUCGCAGGCAACCUGGCAGCCAUCAUGACCGGACUCAUUGUAACAACCACAAUCACUUUGAUCAAGCCGGACAAUUUCGACUGGGAAAUCACUCGUGCUAUCAACGCCGUCGUUACAGAUGGAGUAGAUAACGCUGCAAUGCCGAGAGAUGCUUCCACACCUGAACUCUCUGAUGCUGGCGAAAAGAAGAUUGCAGCCGAUGCCACCACACAACCCGAAGCAGCCGCAGCAGAGCUUCCACAUCAUCUAGCUCCCCCACUAGAGGAGGAAGACGACCCUUCCACACUCCGUCGCGCUUUCAAGCUCGCCUGUAUCUCCGCAUUCCUGUUGACCUUCAUCUUGGACUUCCUUCUCCCCAUGCCCAUGUUCUUCUCGCACUACAUCUUCUCUCAGGGCUUCUUCACUGCAUGGGUGGUAAUAAGCUUUAUUUGGGUAUUUGCCAGUAGUGCGAUUAGUUGUCUGUUGCCAAUCUGGGAGACCCGAGGGAGUUUUGCGAGACUGUUUAGGAAGAUUGGUGAGGAUCUCAGGAAGAAAAGUUGA